AUGGCUUCCGCUGCAGUGAUGUCGCGAUCCUCCUCGUUCCGCCUACUUCUCUCAAGACCCGCUCCGGCUCUCCGAGAAUCGCGGACCCUGUAUAAAUUGCGUGACACAUCACGGUUGCAGGGGCCACUGUUUGCCUCGCUGGCCAGAUACUAUGCCUCAAAAUCAUAUCCUUCCCAUACGAUUAUCAGCAUGCCGGCAUUGUCACCUACAAUGACGGCAGGCAAUAUCGGAUCAUGGCAGAAGAAAGUCGGAGACACUUUGGCCCCUGGCGAUGUCCUCGUUGAGAUUGAAACCGACAAAGCGCAAAUGGAUUUUGAGUUUCAGGAAGAAGGAGUGCUUGCGAAGAUUUUGAAGGAAGCAGGAGAAAAAGACGUUGCUGUUGGAAAUCCCAUCGCGGUGAUGGUUGAAGAAGGCACCGAUAUCUCCCAGUUUGAGUCAUUCUCCCUUGAAGAUGCUGGUGGUGAUAAGAAACCAGCCGCGGAUAAAGCACCAAAAGAAGCCGCAGAGUCAUCUAAGGGACCUGAAACUGAAGCCGAAGCCCCAUCGCCUGCGCGCGAUGAGUCGAAGCCCGCGGCAGAAGAACCAGAGGUGACAGGCGAACGUUUACAACCGUCGAUUGAUAGAGAGCCAUUGAUCAGCCCGGCCGCCAAAGCACUCGCCCUGGAGCGCGGAGUUCCCAUCAAGAGCCUUAAAGGCACAGGCGCUGGUGGUAGAAUCACCAAAGAGGAUAUUGAGAAAUACCAACCUACCGCCGCUCCUGGCGCUGCUGCUGGUCCCUCCUACGAAGAUGUUCCUGCCUCGUCGAUGCGCAAGGUCAUUGCCAAUCGUCUUACCCAAUCCAUGAGGGAAAACCCGCAUUACUUUGUUUCAUCCACUUUGUCCGUCACAAAACUCCUUAAACUUCGUCAAGCCUUGAACUCUAGCGCAGACGGCAAGUACAAGUUGUCCGUCAAUGACUUCUUGAUUAAAGCUUGCGCUAUUGCACUUCGAAAAGUUCCCGCCGUCAAUUCGGCUUGGAUUGAGCAAAACGGACAGGUUGUGAUUCGCCAGCACAAGAACGUCGACAUUAGCGUCGCGGUUGCUACUCCUGUCGGUCUCAUCACCCCUAUCGUGAAAGGCGUAGAGGGACUUGGCCUGGAGAGCAUUUCACGCCAGGUGAAGGAUCUCGGUAAGCGCGCCCGAGACAACAAGCUGAAGCCCGAAGAGUUCAAUGGUGGCACAUUCACCAUCAGUAACAUGGGCAUGAACUCUGCGGUGGAAAGAUUCACCGCAGUGAUCAAUCCCCCACAGGCCGGCAUCCUUGCCGUCGGCACUACCAAGAAGGUCGCUGUGCCCUUGGAGGGUGAAGACGGCACUGAAGUGCAAUGGGAUGACCAGAUCGUCGUUACUGGAAGCUUUGACCACAAGGUAAUCGAUGGAGCUGUUGGGGCCGAAUUUAUGCAGGAGUUGAAAAAGGUGGUUGAGAACCCUCUUGAACUGAUGCUAUGA